UUCCACACUUCAGCUGAAGGCGGGAGGAGAAAACGACGAGUGAGUAGAGAGACAGAGAACGACAGAACAUGAAGUGGCUCUGGUGGUCUAAGUCCUGGCCUUAACUCCACGUUCUCUGUGAUUCAUUUAUGAAGAACAAAUUCAGAAACCAUCUAAGAUGAUGUGGAGACUGGUACCCAUCUUACCGAUUGGUGAGUUGCUCAUUUCAUCCAUAACAUUUCUAUAUUUUUGGAGAUAAAAUGUUUAAAAAAAGCAUUUGUACAACAGGACAGAGGAAAUAUAUAAAUGACACAGCUAAGCAGUGAAAACCAGAGAAGUCAGCCAGCCAAUGUUUUCCUGAUGAACAGAGCAAGUAAUUAAGGCAAGACAUGAUAAGUUGAAGAGGAUCCUCCUCACUCCCAGUUCAAAAUAGAUCAAGCAGAUGGUUUAGAGCCAGUUUCUAAAUGUGACUGAUGUUUGUCUAACUUCUGGGAAAAUACUUACUGUCUAUAAAACCAAUCAAAAACACUUGUAUUAAUUUAUUUGUUUACGAGUAUUCUCAUAGGUAAAGUUACACGUACGUACGAGUUGAAAAACAGGACAAAUACAAAACUUACAUUUAUGCACAUUUACUGACUUCAAUUCACAAAUUUAGAUGUCUACGCAUGCAUUUUUAAUUGACAGUAGUUUUAUCUCAUAUAUAACUCCUUGUGUUUCCAUAGCAACUAAAACAAACAAGAACCUGACACAGGUCGUGUGACAUCAUCAUGUCAUCGGUGUUCUCAUCGAUGAUGUCAUAAAGGUUCAAGCGAUUAUUAUUAUCAUUUGGAAUCCAAGAAUUCUCAGUUUGCUUUUCAACGCCGUUGGAGGUACAACACUUUGAUAGAGAGACGAUUUCGGACAGUGAUUUUAGAAACCAUUUCAACUACAGUCAAGAUGAUUUUAACCAUCGGUUGGGGCCUUGGGUAUCUUGUUACGAAGGGAGUAGAAAAGUUGCUGGGAUAUCGGAUUAAUGAUGAAGACAUUUCAGCAGAGAGAUCAACUGACGAAAGUUCAGAACACUUUGAUUUUGACAUUGUCUCUGAAGACGAUGUAAAACACAGUGUUGUUUCAAAGGAGAGCUCAUAUGAAGAUGAACGAUACAAAUACUUCGGAUUUGAAGAUUUCUUUGAAGAAUGCGUAAAACACAAGAAUGUUUAUGCAGAGAGCUCAUCUGAAGAUGGAAGAUUUGAGUACUCUGAUUCUGACAUUGUCUCCGAAGACGAUGAAAAACACACUGAUGUUUCUUCAGAAAGCUCAUCUGAAGAUGAAAGAUUUGAGCAGCACCCAGCAGGGUGGGCGGAGACACAGGAAGGAGCCGAAUGUGGGUCCGCCAGGCAACGUCGGCGCAGGGACCGGGCCACAGGAGGCGGCGACAAGGAGUCUCUGGGAGCAUCUGGAGGAGCACUAGGGGGCGACAAGGAGACGCUAGGGAGCUUGGAGGGGACGCUAGGGAGCUCGGAGGGAAAGCUAGGGAGCUCGGAGGGAAAGCUAGGGAGCUCGGAGGGAAAGCUAGGGAGCUUGGAGUGGACGCUAGGGAGCUCGGAGGGAAAGCUAGGGAGCUUGGAGGGGACGCUAGGGAGCUCGGAGGGAAAGCUAGGGAGCUUGGAGUGGACGCUAGGGAGCUCGGAGGGAAAGCUAGGGAGCUUGGAGUGGACGCUAGGGAGCUCGGAGGGAAAGCCGGGGAGCUUGGAGGGGACGCUAGGAAACUCGGAGGGAACGCUAGGGAGCUCGGAGGGAAAGCUAGGGAGCUUGGAGUGGACGCUAGGAAACUCGGAGGAACUAGGAAGCUCUUUAGGGGCCAAGAACCCACUAACUGGGCGGUGGCUGGCGACCACCUGGAAACCCAUCAUCAUGGGGACCAGAGCGAAGGCGAUAGUGUGCUCUCUUCGCCGAGGGGCUGGAGCAGGCUUAGGAGCGACGGCUGAUGGGGGCGUGGGAGCGGCAGCCACAGCGGUGACGACCGGAGGUGUGGAGGACGCAGGGGCUGGAGGUUCUAUUUGCUGAACUAUGAUUUCUAGUUGAGUUAUGUUUUUUCGUAGUUAAAUUUCGUAGUUCCGUCUCGU